UUUCCUUCGUCUAUCAGAGGAAACACAGAGAUGAUCAUUCUCUCUCUCCUCCUCCAUCUUCUUCUCCAUCUCCAAAACCCUAGUCUCUCACUCUCUCUCUCCUCAGAUGGAAUCGCUCUACUCUCCCUUAAAUCCUCCGUUGAACAGCCUCCCGCCAGCUCCGCCUUCUCCGACUGGAACGAGAACGACGCCUAUCCUUGCCGGUGGUCCGGCGUCUCCUGUAUGAACGUCUCCGGCUCCGGUGACCCCCGUGUCAUCGGACUCGACGUCUCCGGCAAGGGACUCCGCGGCUACAUUCCCUCCGAGCUCGGCUCCCUCGCCUUUCUCCGCCGUCUCGACCUCCAUGACAACGAGCUCUACGGCUCCAUCCCCACUCAGCUCUUCAACGCUACCUCGCUUUACACCGUGUUUCUGUAUGGCAACAAUCUCUCUGGUCCUCUGCCUCCUUCGACCUUUAGCCUCUCUAGGCUUCAGAAUCUCAAUUUGGCGGGUAAUUCUCUCUCUGGAGCUCUCUCGCCGGAUCUGAGGAACUGCAAGCAGCUGCAGCAGCUGAUUCUCGCUGGUAACAACUUCUCCGACGAGAUUCCGGAGGGAAUCUGGCCGGAAAUGGAAAACCUCGUUCAGCUCGAUCUCUCUUCCAACGAAUUCACCGGCCCAAUCCCUAGCGAUCUGAAUGAGCUCAAAUCUCUCUCCGGUACUCUAAACCUGUCAUUCAAUCAUUUCUCCGGCGAAAUCCCCAAAUCCCUUGGAAAUUUAGCGGUCACAGUCUCUCUCGAUCUCAGGAACAACAAUUUGAGCGGCGAAAUUCCCCAAACUGGAUCGUUUUCCAACCAGGGACCAACCGCAUUCCUCAACAACCCAAAUUUAUGCGGGUUCCCUCUCCAGAAAUACUGCAAGGACGUCGAUAACCAGAGCUCUCCGGGAACUCAGAAAUCGUCCGCAGCCAAAACAGGGCUGGGUGCCGGCUCGAUCGUCUUGAUCUCCGCAGCCGACGCCGGUAGCGUAGCCCUAAUAGGAAUGGUGAUCGUUUACUUGUGCUGGAAGAAAAAAGAGGCCGACGGAGGCUGCAGCUGCACCGGCAACGACAAACUCGGAGGCUUGGAGAAGGGAAAACUCUGCCUAUGCAUCACCGGGCUCCCCAAGGAAGAUGAUUCGGAGAUGGAAGACGACAACGGGAUAUCAUCGUCAUCGCCAAAUCGGAGAGGAGAAGGAGAAUUGGUGGCGAUGGACAAAGGGUUUGCGUGUGAGCUGGAUGAAUUGCUGAGGGCAUCAGCGUAUGUGCUUGGGAAGAGUGAGAUGGGGAUAGUGUACAAGGUGGUGGUCGGCAAUGGUGUUCCAGUGGCCGUGCGGCGGCUCGGGGAAGGAGGAGAGGAGAGGUACAAGGAGUUCGUGACGGAGGUUCAGGCAAUUGGGAGAGUGAAGCAUCCCAAUGUCGUGAAGCUUAGGGCUUAUUAUUGGGCUCCUGAUGAAAAGCUUCUCAUCUGUGACUUCAUCAACAAUGGCAGCCUCGCAAGCGCUCUCAGAGGGAGGAAUGGUCAGCCAUCGGCGAGCAUGACAUGGUCAACGCGUCUGAAGAUAGCGAAAGGAGCCGCGAGAGGAAUAGCAUACCUCCAUGAAUGCAGCUCAAGGAAACUCGUCCAUGGCGACAUCAAACCCUCAAACAUCCUCCUCGACUCCACCUUCAACGCUCUCAUCUCUGAUUUCGGCCUCAACCGCCUCUUCACUAUCACCGCCGCCUCCGGUGGAUCACUUCCGUACACCACAACCUCUUCCAAGUCCUCGGCCGACAGAUCGUACGGAUACAAAGCCCCAGAGGCACGAAUCCCCGGAAACAGACCGACUCAGAAAUGGGACGUGUACUCGUUCGGGGUCGUUUUGUUGGAGCUUUUGACGGGGAAGUCGCCGGAAUCUUCGCCGCCGCCACCGGCAACGAGUACUUCGGCGGUGGAAGUGAAGGAUUUGGUGAAGUGGGUGAGGAAAGGGUUGGAGGAGGAGAAGCCAUUGUCGGAAAUGGUGGAUCCGAUGUUGAUCCAGGAAGUCAACAACAAGAAACAAGCAAUGGCCGUCUUCCACGUGGCGUUGGCUUGCUCCGAAGGCGAUCCCGAAAUACGGCCUCGGAUGAAGAACGUCUCCGACAACCUCGUCAAAAUCUUCAUUUAGCCCAAAAUCAAUUUUCCAUCAAAUUUUUUUAUCAUCAUUACUCGAAAAUUAGGAGUUCACAUUUAAACAAUAAAAAAUAAAAUAUAUGAGUCAAUGAAAA